CGGGCUCCUGCCUGUCGUGCUCUCUGCGGUGGCACGCCCUCCCGACACCGACCAGGACGACGACGAUGAUCACCAUGGGCAUAGUAACUCAUCCUCGUCAUCUACCCCAUCGGCCACAUCGUCCGCUGCGAGCAGCACGAGCUCGAGUGCCAUUGCUGGUGACCUUACUGGACUGACUGGUGACAGUCAAUGCAGCAGCUUAAUGUGCGUCUCCGCGGUCGUAAAUGGCUCGACAGUGGAAUACGUCCUCCAGAGCACGGGCUCAAAGUCACUUGGAUGGAUGGCAAUGGGCUUCGGUUCGCAGAUGGCGAAUUCACCAAUGGUCAUUAUGUGGACUAACUCGGAUGGAUCGGUUACCCUGUCUCAGCGAAAAGCAACUGGAGAAGUCGAACCGUCUGUCGACUCGGCUCCGCCCCGUACUGCGACCUGGUUGUCAAACCUUACUUCAACCUCUGACUCAAAUCCCAAAUUCGGAUACAGCAUUCCGGCAAACUCGGACACGAAACAGUCAAUUAUAUGGGCUUUCUCAAGCACGAAUCCCGGAGACUCCUCGACGUCGGCGAAUUUGCAGAUUCAUGAUUCCUCUGGUACCCUCUCCCUCGAUCUGACCAAGUCUCUGAGCUCAGGUAGCUCUACAACGGAUCCCGCUUCUGGUGGUUCGGGAUCCGCCUCUUCACCGCCACUUCUGCCGUUCCAGAAGAUGGUAAUCGCACAUGCCGUGCUCCUCGGUAUUGCAUUCUUGAUAUUCCUACCCGCGGGUGCUCUGCUCGCGCGUUGGUUCCGUACAUUCACUCCCAACUGGUUCAAGGGCCACUGGAUUAUUCAGUUCUAUGUUGCGGGCACCCUUAUUGUGAUAGGGGUUGCUCUUGGUAUUGCCGCUGUCAGUAAAGCAGGUGCGAAUCAUCUUAACGACGACCACAAGCGUUGGGGAAUUGCGAUCUUUGUGCUCUAUUUCGCGCAAUGCGCUUUGGGUGGAAUUAUCCACUUCGUCAAGUCUCCACCGAAAGCGGAUGGCACACGUACGCGACCGCCACAGAAUUACGCGCACGCUAUCUUGGGUUUACUCGUCAUUGGCCUUGCGUUCUACCAAGUGCGAACUGGAUACAGGGAAGAAUGGCCGUUAAUUCGCGGCGGGAGGGAUGCACCAGCGAGUGUGAACCGUGCUUGGAUCGCUUGGGUUGUCAUUCUUCCCAUCCUCUACUUCGCCGGUCUCGCUCUCCUUCCGCGGCAAUACAAACAAGAACGAGGUGCGCAAACGGGCCGUGGAGUGCCUCUCACACCGCUAUCGUCAAACUCACCUCGCACACGUACAGUACAUAUCGGCGAGCCAACCACUACAGCUGUGGAUCAACACAAUAUCAAGUCAACUGGGCUCAGCCCUGUCGACGAACACGGGCAAACGUCACCGAGUUCGCACGGACAUGGCGAUCCAUAUGCUGACGAUGUCGGCCUCACGCAGGACGGCCGUCGUAACCGCCGUACCUCAAACAAUGGAUUCUCGCUUCGACCCUCUUCUCCUCGGAACCGUUACUCAGGUAGUUUCGGGAAUGGCGUGUCGAUGCCGUCAAAUCGCUUCUAAUUUCCAUCCAUCCAUCCAAUCCUAAAACUCUUU